AUGUCGAGUGCAGGUGCUGUGGGUGAGGGAAAGUGGUCCAACGCGGCAGUGGUGUCGCCGUUCCGAAGGGACCUGCUGCGGGGCAAAGCGGCGCUGGUGACGGGCGGGGCCACUGGCAUUGGGUUUGCCAUCACCCGUGCCCUCGCCCUCCACGGAGCUCGUGUCGCCAUCGUCGGAAGAAGGGCCGACAAGCUCGAGGAGGCCGUCAACCAGCUCAAGGCCGACGGCGUGCCAGCGGACGGUGUGAUCGGGUUGCAGGGCGACGUGCGCAGCUACGAGAGCCUGGUCAAGGUGGUGCAGGCCACCACCGCCCGCUUCGGGCAGCUCGACAUCCUGGUGAACAACGCCGCGGGCAACUUCCUGUGCCCCGCCAAGGAUCUCACUCCCAACGGCUUUAAGACCGUCAUCGACAUCGACCUCGUGGGCACGUUCAACGCCUCCAGGGCGGCGUACGAGGCGUUGAAGGCGACCAAGGCCGGGGUGAUCAUCAACAUCAGCGCCACCCUGCACUACGGCGCCACCCCGUGGCAGCUGCAUGCCUCGUCGGCCAAGGCCGCUAUCGACGCGCUCACUCGCAACCUCGGUCUGGAGUGGGGUCCCGACGGUAUCAGGACGGUGGGCAUCGCGCCCGGUCCCAUCCAGGGCACCGAGGGACUGAGUCGUCUGUCGGGCAUGUCGGGCGACGAGGUCGGGCAGCGCAUUCCCGUCCGCAGGGCCGGCUACCCUGAAGAUAUCGCAUUCAUGGCGGUCUAUCUGGCGAGCGGGGCGGGCUCGUUCGUGAACGGCACCACGGUAGUGGUUGACGGCGGAGCCACGCUAUGGCGUCCCGAGAUGGUGAGCGAGGAACAGCUCAAGGCCAUCACCGCCUCUCUCCGCGGCCAGUCCAGCAGCAAGAAGAAGGCCGCCCUCUGA